CUUUCGGUCUGUCUGCCUACACAGCUCCAGUAUCUUAUAAGUUGAGUUUCUUUUCAAAGGUGUCAUCUCGGGUCAGGGCUUGGAAGUUCUUCCGCACCAAACCAAACCAGGCCUACGGUCCUGAUGACAUGAGAGAAAUGCUCAUGGGUUACUGUAUAAACCCUGGAGGGCUCUGAGGUCUGCAGACUCGGGUCACAUAGUGGAGCCCAGAGCUCAAAGCAAACAUACGUUAACCUUCGGUGUCCGAUUCCCGCCUGCCAACAAGGGAGUGAAAAAGUUUGGGGCAUGUGAUUUUGCCCCUCCUCUUUGUCAUCUUUGCUGCUUUUAGGAGCAAGUAAACAGCUCGGCGCGCAUCUUAUCAGCUCGGCGCAGCCUUUUAACCGUGUUGUGCUCUCCCUGGUAUCUGAAGCCAAAACGGGACAAGCCCCCCCGCUGGGGACAGAAGUGGUGCGGAUGCGCGCUGGCGUGUUUCACCUUGUUCUCAUGUUUGUGCACAGCAAGACGGCGCCGGUCUUUUUGUUCACAGAGAAGACGGGAGGAUGACAUGUGAUCACCUGAGGCGAUUGUUGGCACUUUCGAGCAUUGCGUGCGCCAUGAGGGCGGCUUCCGGUGUCCCAGGCGCGCCAGAUUUCCAGAGCAAAGUCUCUCUUGUGCUGGAAAAGGAGCCGGAAACCCCCAAAUGCUUUACAGACAGCAAAAAGGACUUCACCUGCUUCUGGGAGGAAGAUGAGGAGAGGGCCGGCUCUGCGGAUCAGUAUUCCUUCACAUACGCCUACCGAAAAGAAAAUAGCAGCAAAUGCCCACUGACGGUCCAUUCGCAAGGGGCGAAGAAGCUGUUCAUCUGCCACCUGAAUCAAGCGUCGAUGUUUGAGCUCAUGGACAUUCAAAUUCGUCGAGAAGGAAGGCUGAUCCACAAUCGAAGCCUUCUGGUCGAACUUUUUUUUCUGCUGGACCCACUCGCUAACGUGAGCGUGAGUGCCACGGGUCAACAGGGUCAGCUCAAUGUCAGCUGGAUACCUCCUCCCCUUAGACACAUGGACGACAGCUUGAUGUACGAGGUCUCCUAUGCGAUGGCUGGCAGUCGUGAGGUGCAGGUAGAGGUAGUACGAGCCAGUUCCAGGAUGAUUUUAAGGGGCCUACAGCCAGGCACGAAGUACAAGGUGCGGGUUCGGGUCAAACUGGAUGGAAUUAGCUAUAAUGGCUUCUGGAGUAUGUGGAGUGAGCCGGUGUUCAUGGAGACAGCGCCUGCAGAAUUCAACCUACUCAUUGUCUUCCUCAUCUUCACCAUGGCUUUCAUCCUCAUGGUGCUGUCUUUCACUGUGCUCGUGUCCAAUCGCAGGUUUCUGAGAAGGAAGAUUUGGCCGGCUAUCCCAACCCCCGAUAGCAAGUUUCAAGGCCUUUUCACUGAUCACGGUGGAGAUUUUCAGGAGUGGUUGAAACAUACGAACGGGGGCUUGUGGUCGAGCCCGGCAUCGUUUUACAGUGAGGAAUACCCCACUUCUCUGGAGGUUCUCUCAGAGCUAAGCCUGGACCCCCCAUACCCCCCACCACCUCUACCGCCCAAAAUGUCCGGCGCUCCCGCGCUCCGACACGCGGACGAGGAUGUGGAUUUGGCGCUGAGAAAAAUACCCCACAAUCACUGGCUGAUGGAAAGCCUCAGGGUGCAGAACCAGCGCCCGCUUCCUUGCACCCAGUCUUCCCCACUGGAGUCUCAGGAUACUUACGUCACGCUGACCGGCAACAACCACGGCCAAGUCGCUCGCACCCAUGGGGCGUCUUUGCCCAUCGAAGCGCUUUUGGCCUUGAAAAAGACAAUGCUGUCUGAAGUUCACUGAGCUGGGUCUGUCAUACAGCUUCAGCACCCAACGCACGUUCACGAUGGGGUCCAGCUCCAUCAAUCGAGCACGUUCUUCAUAUGCCUGCUCAAGGAUGGGAACUGAGACGGGCCCAAAGCUACUUGGAUCGUCACCCUUCUCGCCGGCAGCAUCCAAAGGAUGAAAAUCGAAGGACCUGCUCCAGGAAUGAGCAAAGUCUUUGUGAUCUCUUACAAGUCCUUACAAAUGCUUGUUCUCCAUGUCGCCGCUUUCACUAAACACGAGCAUUCCGGAUGGCGUCUCAAUCUGGCAUCCCUCUAGAUCGGUGCUGUCCAAACUACGGCCUUCGACACACCCCUCCAAAAGUCCAGACCGAUGAGGCCAGUUCACAUCUUUUUGCUGUACAAUGAAAACAUUUGGGUUUGACAUUAAAAGAUGACUAUGAGGCAAUAUGUCAACAUUUCAGCUUUAAUUUGUCGUUCGGGUAGAUGCUGUACAUGUUGAUCGAAUACGUAACUGACAAGACAAGAGCAUUAUUUGUAAA